AUGCAUUUCCUGCUGGCCGUCGCAGCUUCGGCGCUGCAGGGCGCCCGCGUGGAGGUCGCGACUGCUGACCAGCUCCGCUCGAUCGGCUUGAUGCGGACCGUGGUCUUCCGGCCAGAGCUCACGUCGUCGCGGCAGCGGCAGCUGCAGAGCCGCGCCUUCGUCGACGCGAUGAAGCGCAAGACGUCCGUGCUCGUGGCUCUCGUCGGCGAGCGGGUGAUGGGCUCGGCCGACCUGCUCGUCGAGGACGUCGGCGCGUGGGGCACGGCCUCGUACGUGGUGAACGUGUGUGUGCGCGACGAGGCGCGGCGGCAGGGGCUCGGCCGCCGCCUCGUGCAGAGUGCCGAGCAGCGCGGCGUGGAUGAGGGGGCGGAGGCGAUGGUUCUGCACGUCGACGUCGACAACGCCGCAGCGCGGCGGCUGUAUGAGGCGAUGGGGUACGUCGAGCUCGAUGCGCAUAGCAGCCUCGGGGCGCACUUCACGGGAGACGACUUUGUCGGCGGCGCAGACGGCGCUUCGCCGCCAUCGGCGCCGCAGCUGCUCAUGGCGAAGGCACUAGUCGCCGGCGCAGCCCUACAGCCUCAGCACGAGGCGCCGUGGCUCGAGCACGACCGCGAGGUUGCGGAGCGGCUGCUGCAAGCGCAGCUGGGCGGGGAAGCCCUUUCCCAGGCGGAGGCCGGCGCGCUGCGCGGCGCUCUCGCGUCGCUGAUCCUCUCCCUCGCCAGCGCAGGGCGGGCGGCGUGA